AUGUAUACACGCUUGUUAUUACCACGUCCAAUAGGAUAUUGUGUUGACAAGUUUCCAUUUCUCGUCGCGGAUAUAAGUACGAUGGCGCUGACUACAACACGUGCAGUUAUGCAUGGUGUGGCGAUGGCCAAAUUUUUCUAUCGUUUGGAUCCCCUUGCCCUCAUUGAUGAUCGAUCUCUGUUCGUGGGACCCACCGUCUCCCUUCUGCCUACAAUGCCUCCCUUUGUUGAGACCGCGUAUUCUCUGAAUGCACGCUAUUUGAAUAUACUAGGUUAUCAAAUCUUGGUGUACCUUCUUUGCCAGGACGACUCGACAGAUGUGCAGGGUAUUCUUACCCAAAUAUACCAUUAUGAGUUGGAAUACACGCGCAUAUGUAUGUCUCCCAUGGCUUACAUGUGUCAGGUGGCUGAUUAA